GGAGUUUUUCUCAGCUCAAAGAAAACAGGUAAGGGCAAGAGGCCCGGAAAGGGAGGCAACCGUUACUGGAAGAGCAUCGGUUUGGGCUUUAAAACUCCUCGCGAGGCUAUUGAAGGUACAUACAUUGACAAGAAAUGCCCUUUCACGGGAAAUGUUUCUAUUAGAGGUCGUAUCCUUUCCGGUACUUGCCAUAGUGCUAAGAUGAACAGAACAAUCAUUGUUCGCCGUGACUACCUCCAGUUUGUGAAGAAGUAUCAGAGGUAUGAAAAAAGGCACUCAAAUAUUGCUGCUCACGUGUCACCAUGCUUCCGUGUGAAAGAGGGCGACUACGUCACCAUUGGUCAAUGCAGACCAUUAUCCAAGACCGUUAGGUUCAAUGUUUUGAAGGUGAUUCCUGCUGGUUCUGCCAGUGGUGGAAAGAAGGCAUUCAC